UUGUGCGGUAAGACACCCCCAUCUUGUGGCUCAAACUUCCCCUACCAUUCUUCCUUCUCUGGUCAUCUUCCUCCCUCCCUCACGAGUUAUUAGUACAAAGAAAGGAGAGCGCCAGGCAACUACUCGUACUAAAAGAGAGAGAGGGUCGUCUUUUUCUUUCGUCUCCUUAGAGAAAGAAUGGCGAAGCUGGUGGAAAGCUCCCUCCUUGUGGUGGCCAUCCUCCUCGUUGCAGGUGCGGCCGCCAUCACCCCGGCCGCCGCAAGCGGAGAAGGGGGCGAGCUUCCCCUCGGCUGGAUCCCGGCGCUUGCCGGCUGCCGUGGCACCAUCGCGGAGUGCCUCGCCGGUGAAGAGUUCGACCUCGGAUCCGAGGUGACCCGCCGCAUCCUCGCUACAUCCAGCUACAUCAGCUACGGCGCCCUCAAGCGCGACACCGUGCCCUGCUCCCGCCGCGGCGCCUCCUACUACAACUGCCGCCCUGGCGCCCAGGCCAACCCCUACUCGCGUAGCUGCUCCGCCAUCACCCAGUGCCGGGGUUAAAAGGAGGGAUCUUGUAGAUCUCUGCUCCAAUCGGGGGAAACACGGAGUCUUAGUGGGGGGAAAUGACGAACUUGGUAUGCUAUUUUCGUUGUUCUGUUCGAGUCUUGAAUAAUUGGUGUUGUUAUUGAUGGUGAUGCGAUUUUACCGUAUUGGCGUUGUAAACAAGACUUGUAUGCGAUUCGUGUGUAAAGAAUUAUUUGGUCGUAGUUCAGUCCCCUCCUUUUAAUGCACUUAUCUCUCAAAGAUUUCCUUUUC